GCUCGGUUUAAUAGAGUCUGACUGGAUUUUCAAUUCAUCUGAAGACGAAGCACAUGGCCAUGUUCGCGAAGCUCUGGGACCCUUUCUUGAUGGCCAAACUUAAUUGGCUAGUAUCAAGUCGAUAUCUAUGAGGACAGCACCACGGCGCAAGCGAACAGCUAUUAUACUUGCGACAAGGAAAGCCCCACCUUCCGUACGAAUACAGCUGUAUCUGACAUGGGUGUUGUAGAGUUUGAUACGCGUGAAUGUAAGGUUUACGGCCAGCAGCGCUGGGGCUCAGUAUCACACCAUUCUUCAUGUUCCCCGGCAGACUGGAGUCAUGGAAAAAGGCUCUACGCGUCAUGGACCUCGAAGCUUGCAUCGAGGUCCUCCUAAAGUCGGAUUGCUUUCCAACUAAUUCCGAGCAAACUCCAUAUCACAAACAGACAGGAUGACAGCCCCAACAUCGAACCACGAGUGGCAUUGCUUUUCAUGGAGAUUCAUGAGAACAACGAGAUACUGAAGUGUCACGAUAGGGGUUGAAAGUCCUUGGGCGGGCAUCGAGAAAGUUGCCAGGCGUCUUGGGUUCGGACCGACUGGGUGUGGCACCGCCAAGGCAGGUCCCAACAAUACCCAAAGCAAGCUAAGGCAUGUCAUCUAAUCCAGGCUACCUCCAACACCUAGACGUUUUCUUGAUGCACUGACUUGCGGAGCUGCUAAGCUUCCCGAGAGGCGUCUGCCAUGAGCACCAAAUGAAACUCCGACAUAUAGCUCUCAUAGGGUGCAAGUGCCCCUGCUGCGUUGGUGCCUCCUUCAAGAUGAACGACACCUUCCGGUCUCUUCAGGCCUCACACGGGCCUGCAUAUCCUCAAGCUAUUUGGCAAUCCAGCCCCGAUGUUCGAGGUACCUACGACAUCAUCAGCACAUGCCUCUCGACGAUCGUCAUCUGCGUCUGGAGCGCCGUGCACGUCGACGUGCCAAUACGACAGACCAGAUGGUCCAUCAUAGACAAGAUCGGCUGGCUCGUCACCGGGCUGGUUGCUCCUGAUCUGCUGCUAUAUGUUGCAUGCUGUCAGCUAUACCGCGCCUAUGUCCUGCUUGGAGAAGCUAAGAGAUGUCUACAUGUCGAGUCCGUUCAGCCGAAGCCCGGUCGAUCGAGGGCAUCGGCGAUUUCACUGUUCAUCGAGGCAAUGGCUCAUCUUUACAAGCAGGCAUCUCGAGUGCCGGAGCCAUCUGAUGAAGCUUCGUUCUCCGAGUAUACGGAAGCAGAUGCAGCAUCGGCCAAGUUCCGUGAGGCCUCGUCCGAUGUUCCCCUCGAAGCACAACAGCCUUCUCGGCGUCGGCGCAAGCACCCAUGGACGCUCACGCACGCUUUCUACGGUGUCAUGGGCGGCUUCGUGCUGGAGACACCUCCAAUACUCGAAGGAGAGACGCGUUUCGUGCUCACACUCAGCGGCCUUCGUUUCGUCAUGGACAACGCUCCCGACCUUCUCCCAGACCUCUCCGAAGAAGAGAUCUGGAGCAAGGGUCGAUCUGAUGCCCUGGCGAAGGUGCUACUCAUGCUGCAGCUGCUCUACUUCUGCAUCUCUUGCGCCGCUCGCCUCGCGCAGUCCCUCCCGCUCAGCUUGCUCGAGGUCACGACCCUGGCACAUGCACUCUGCACCGUCGUGACGUGCGUCGUAUGGUGGAAGAAGCCGUUUAACGUGCAGGAGCCGACCCUCAUCCGAGUCACCGGAGAGCGCGCUACCAAGCUCGCCAACGAGCUUGCCGCGUACAUGCUCUUCACGAGCCGUGCGCACAAAGACUACAUUGCGGGGCUUGUAUGGUACCUUUGCGCCAGCGAAUCAUCGUAUCUCGAAGUCUCUUCCCCUCCCCCCGAGAAUAUGGGCCACUAUGAAGCGCCAGACUUGCGACACGACGUCUACCCCGGGAAAUCAUUCCUCAUCGAAGGCUAUUGCUUCGAGAUCUUACGGAAGAAGCCUGACCCCCAUCAUCGUAUUGUGUUCGGACAUGGGUGCCUCCCAUGGUACAACUGCCCGCGCGGAAUCAACGACGCCGUGAGGUUGAGCGACGAAGACAUGUACCGCUGGAUACUCGCCGCGCGAGGCUUGCGGAAAUGGGGAGAUAUUCAGCUGGAGCAGAAGCGCGUCCUCGUGUCGAGACAUGGUGGCCUGCAGAUGUCCGUCUUCAAACAUGGCGAGAAAGCGUGGUGGCCUGCGGUCUCGCUGGCGAUCGCAACAGCAUACGGCGCCGUACACUUGAUAGGCUGGAAGGCGGAGUUCCCCACACUCGUUGAGCGCACGCUCUGGCGAUAUGCGGCGGUCACGCUCAUCAUCCUGGGGCUUGCAUUCUUUCAGUAUUCUGCUAUCUCUCCAGAAAAGGGCUCCCUUGGACAUCGCAGCUCGCAGUUGGCUUUUUAUUCGUGUCUUUUAUUUUAUCCCCUAGCGAGUGGAUAUGUACUGAUUGAAAGCACCAGGCAGCUGUUCUUUCUUCCCGACAAGGCCUUCGUGCUCCCCGAUCUGUCAAUUUAUCUUCCUCACUUUUCUUGACAAGAUCAUCGAAGAGUACGCUCCACAUUGUAGCAUGUACGGCGUUCGAGAAGCUAGGGCACGCUGAAGGCGGAGAAUUUAUGGCAUAUCGUAUUGAGUAAUGCACGGCCGGUACAUGCCAUAUAUCUGGAAAUUAUAAGCCAAUCUCGUACCUACGAUAUCUGAGCUGUAUUAGGGAAUAUACCGCUCUUUCGUAUCCUCCUCCAGCUCGUCUACCAAAACAAAGCCGGCCUUGUGUGUGUAGGCGAUGAGGCCAGCAAGCUGGAACGCGUGUUCCCAGGCCUUCGUCUGGUUGCGCGAGGCGUCUUCACUCUUGAGGGUAAUGGGGAGAUGCAUGCAGGUAGUCACUCCGGUAAGCAAUUCAGGGACUAAAGAACGUACUCCUCGUCUCCGACGAGAUCCAAGAACCUCCCCGUCGGGAUACUCUCCGCGGCACCGGUGGAGACACGCAGCUUACAGCGACCAGAUCAUGCAGCUAAGGAACAUAGCAGCGAGCUGGAAGAGGGGUGCACUCGUAUCAUGGGGUCAUUAAUGACUUCUGAAAGGUCCUAAGUCGGGGCUGGCAAGCAGGAGUGGCAAUCUGGGAGCAUACACUACUG